CGGAAGUAAUAGCAUCAUUCAAUGCCGGAUACCGCAUUAAUUGAAGUUGUGAAUGUCGGACUUUGUGAAUUUUGUGUACCGGGUUGAAGAAGUAUUUAAUAAAGGACUAUAAAUUUAGGUAGGUAAGUCGGGCCAUUCGUAGAUAGCAAGUGUUCCUGUUGUUAGAUUAGCUCGUGGCUAAGUCCUACAAUAUGCCCUCUAGGUUUGUGUACAUAGUUCACCACAUGACAGCACGAAGGCUGCAAUGUUUAUUAAAUCCCUUGUCAGUAAAUACUCUUAAAUUUCGUUUGGGGUCGUCGUCUGCUGGAUUUGAACAUUUGUCUGUCAUAUCAUAAUUGUAUUUUCACUCUAACAACUCUGAGAUCCUAUUGUUUUGUUUAUUAUUAUCCUUUCUCACUAUGUAAUGCAACGUUUCCUUAUCAUGUUUCUCACCUGGGUUAUUACCUCUGUCAUUUGUGAAUAUAAACCACAAGGUAGUAUUUAAAAUUCCGAACAAUUCAUCCACAUUUCUCCCAAAUACCAGAAGGUCAUGAUCUGUUGUAAUUUUUCAAUUUUAACAGGUGGCAGAGGCCUUAGAGACAUGGUAGGCUAUGACCCCAGGGCACAGGGGGCGCCACUUACUGCAGAGGAAGCAGCCCUGGCUGGCUCAGCUGCUGGGAUAGUCACCCGGGCCCUCGUCAGCCCCUUUGACGUCAUUAAAAUACGAUUUCAGCUGCAGAUUGAGAGUUUGUCCUCUGCAAGGCCAGUGGGAAAGUACUGGGGAUUAUUUCAGGCGUCACGAUGCAUUCACACGGAGGAGGGCCUCUCUGCUUUCUGGAAGGGCCACAUCCCUGCACAGCUACUUUCUAUUUGCUAUGGAGCAGUCCAGUUUGCCAGCUUUGAGUGUCUGACAAAGGUGGUCCAUGACAUGACGCCCUUUGACAGCCAGACAUCAGGGAUGCACUUCAUGUGUGGAGGCUUGGCCGCCUGCUCUGCUACUGUGGUGUGUCAACCUCUGGACACGCUACGCACACGCUUUGCAGCUCAGGGCGAGCCUAAGAUGUACAACAACCUGACACACGCCGUGUCUACAAUGUGGCGCACAGAAGGAGCGCUGACGUUCUACCGCGGGCUCUCUCCCACGCUCAUUGCCGUCUUUCCUUACGCCGGAAUGCAGUUCUUCUUCUACAACAUCUUUAAAAGAAUUUUGACUCCGCCCCCCCUCACUGGUACAUCAGGAGAAAACAUAAGAAGUCUGGUCUGUGGCAGUGGAGCUGGAGUGAUUAGCAAAACAAUCACGUAUCCAUUUGACCUCUUCAAGAAAAGACUCCAGGUUGGAGGUUUUGAGGAGGCCAGAGUACAAUUUGGGCAGGAAGACGGUAGAAAACCUGUUGGUGUGGUUUGGAGAAAAAUGAAGCGGGGUUACCCCAGUGGAGCAGAAAUGAGAAGGCGAGAGGAAAUUUUUUAUUUUUUUUAUCAAAACUGCCGAAGGUAUCAUAUCAACCUUUUUAACAGUCAACAAAUGUAGACACACAACUCCAGCAGCAGCAGCACGGCUGUCAGCGUCAGCGUCAGCCGCGGAGAAUGGAGUAGUUUGUAGUUCUAGAGAUGAAGCUGAGAGUGACGCUGUUCAUCACAAACAUGUGAGUAUUAAAGCAGUAAACUAUAUUAAAUGUUGCUUCAUGUUCUUGGGCCGCACGGUGGUCUAGUGGUUAGCAUGUUGGCCACACAGUCACAGGGAAGACCUUGGUUCGAUUCUCCCUUGGGCAUUUCUGUGUGGAGUUUGCAUGUUCUCCCUGUGCGUGCGUGGGUUUUCUCCGGGUACUCCGGUUUCCUCCCACAUCCAAAAACAUGCAUGUUAGGUUAAUUGAUUAAAAAUGUGGAGGGCCCCAAUGACUGUGUUUGCUGUGGGCCCCCAAAUGACUAAAUAGAUCUCCAAUACAAUACACCCCUGCAUACCACCUGAGAAUGCUACAAAAAAUCUUCGAUUAUAUUGUUUGCAGUUGGAAAAAUGUUCCUAGAUAAAUCUCUUAAGUGUGACCCUCAUGUGUAGGUGCGGCACUACCGAGGCCUGGUGGACUGUGUGGUCCAAAUCACCAAAGAGGAGGGCGUUCAAGGCUUCUUCAAAGGCUUCUCUCCCAGCCUGCUGAAGGCCGCACUGUCAACCGGUUUCACUUUUUUCUGGUACGAGUUUUUUCUCAACA